UGAGCUCCUUCCACACCAGGGUACAGCGCACUGCUAGGUCGUUACAGAUUGGCAAGGGUUGUGCUGCAUUUUGGGACUAGAUGCAGGGCAGUGUGACAGGGCAUGAGACUGGCAGAUAUAGAUCAAUGGGACGAUUCUGAGCCUGUCAGAGGCUUGGCAAUGGUGGCACAUAUCUUGUGUCUCUGGAAGGGACACAGAUGUGUGAGCCAGACAGGCACCGACUGUGCUUGGUGACACUAGCAUUGCGUACAGCACAGAGACAGCUGUUGCUGUAGUAAAUAUCACGUCUUUUUUUUUUUUCUUUUUCUUUUUUUUAGCUAUAAAGGGCCAAAACAGUUCAGGUUAAACCUGAUAGCGGGCAGAAGUUUAGACUAGCAGUGAGCAGGGCACUGUUAACAAAUCUUGGCCAGGUUGUGGCACAGCAGUGUGAAAAAGGCUUGAGAUAGUGUUUGGUAGAGCGUUACAUGGUGAGACUGGCAGCAGAUAAAGUAGAUGAGAGUGCAGCUGGCAUUGGGUAAGGCAGUGGGCAGAACAGUGCGUUGUGACGCUGAUAGUGAGCAUAGCAGUUUAAGGUGAGACUGGCAUCGAGUAGAGCAGUGCAUGGUGACUCUGGCAGUGGGUAGAGCAGUGCAGAGUGAAACAGCAAGUGAAAAGAGCAGUGCGGGUUGAGACAGGCAGUGGGUAGAGCAGUGCAAGGUAAGACUGGCAGUGGGCAGAGCAGUGCAGGGUGAAACUGGCAAUGCACUGAGUGGACAGAGAGAGGCUUCCUGAAGCUGGCACUGUGCAGACCUCCGCAGUAUUACUGAGCUGACAGUAGCCCCCAGACACCUGCUUUCCAUGUAUUUAUGAGUGUCGGGGAGGGAGCUGCUCGUUUGGCCGUACAGGGGAUGUCUGAUAUGGAUUCUGUCCCAAAUGACGCUUACAUGUCCCUGGCGCAGACUUACGGACACACUUUCUAUGGCGCUCUCCGAGGUGCUGAAGCUGCGCGCAAUUACGCGGGACCACCAACACUAGACUUCAACGCAAGCUCUCGGGACAGGUCUGGGGACAGCAGUGACGACCAGACUGGGGACGACGAGGACAGCUUCGACCCCACAAAGGGCAGCCCAUCCUAUGAUACCGAUGGAAAACUUAUCGGGAAGAAACCCAAGGAGCAGCGGUCACUGAGACUGAGUAUCAAUGCCAGAGAGAGGAGGAGAAUGCACGAUCUCAAUGAUGCCCUGGACGGGCUCAGGUCUGUUAUCCCUUACGCUCACAGCCCAUCCGUCAGGAAACUGUCCAAAAUAGCCACCCUGCUCCUUGCCAAGAACUACAUCCUCAUGCAGGCCCAAGCUCUAGAGGAAAUGAGAAAGCUAGUGGCGUAUUUAAACCAAGGACAGACUAUCAACAGCUCUCUUACCAGUUCCCUGGCUCCCUUUGGACAGUCCUCGACCUCUGUGUACCCUUAUCCUGGAACAAAUGUACCCAGCGCCCCUGACAAAUGCUCAGCCUUCUCUGCAGGUACCUCCAGCCUUUGCAAACACUGCACAGACAAACCUUAAUGGUCUCUGUCCUCAUACCCAGCCCUUCCUGUGUACACUCCACUGCAGAACUCUUUUCUCCCAUCAGCUUCUCAGGACUCUGCCUCUCGGUAAUAUUUCACCUACACCAUGCUGUGACGGGGGGCCAUCUAUUGUUCUCAUGAAUGACCUAGCUCCUGUUUGUACUAAGGCAGUACUUUUCUCAAUGAUCAGUGCUGUCUAUCACAUUGUAUACAUCUGCAGAAAAUACAACUUAGAACCGGUCAGAUACUUUAUUACAAAAGAGGAUUACUUCAGUUAGAAAGUUUGUCAUUAUGGUGGAAAUAAAUACAUGAAUUAAACCUACUUUAUCGUUGGAUUAUUAUUU